AUGCCUCUCCGCGUCUUCGUCACGACCUUCCGCACGUUCCCCUACAAACACUGGACCCUCAACGUGCAGCAUCCCACCGAAUCAGGCCGUUUCGAAUGUUUUCAGAUCGGCGGCGCGGCACACAAAUUCUCCUACGACACUCGCGUUGUCAGAAACCCCGAGACCACCCGCCGAUGGGCGGAAUCGAUCGAGCUCGGGCAGAUCUCUGAAGAACAACUCGAGCGGAUGCGGGAGUUGGCGGAGAAGGAAGCGAUGAACAACGAAGACAAGGACUGGCAUUGUCAGCGAUGGACUCUUGCGCUGGUGAAGAGAUUGAGGGACGAGGGCGUCAUUCAGCCCACGGAGGAGAACAUGGAGAGGUUGCAGGGGCUGUACGAGAGAUAUCCUUCUGCUUGGGACUGGGCGUGUUUGGCGUACGACUUCAACCGCGUCUUGGCUAUUAAUGCUUUUGAGACCGCUCGGGACUACUUCAUGAAGAGCAAAGACUCGCCAGAGGAGGCCGUCUCGGCGGACUCGUAG